AUGCUCUCCACACCCACAGUGAUCUUCAUGACCGCCUUUUUCCUGGUGUCCUUGGCGUCUAUGUCGCAGAAUGGCCUCCUGAUCGUCGUGCUGGGCAGAGAGUGGAUGGGCAACCGGGCACUGUCAGCAGUGGACAUGAUUGUGGCCUCUCUUGCUUCCUCCCGGUUCUGCCUUCAUGGGAUAGCCAUCCUGACCAAUCUCUUGGCCUUCUUUGGUUUCUGUCACCAAGCAAACAUUGUUGGCAUCCUCUGGGACUUCACCAACACUUUCAUUUUGUGGCUUACGGCCUGGCUUGCCAUCUUUUACUGUGUCAAGGUCUCCUCCUUCUCCCACCCUGCACUGUUUUGGCUCAAGUGGAGGAUUUCCUGGUUAGUCCCCAGGCUGCUGCUGAGCUCUGUCAUCAUGGGUGGCCUCUCAGCCAUCGUAUCAACCACUGGGAACAUCUUUGCUAUCCGGAUGACCGUCUCCCAGGGCUCCCUUGGAAACUGUACUUUUGGUCACAUGACACUAGACUUCCUUCGGUACUAUCAUUUGUCUCAUGUCUUGCUCAUGUGGCUCAGUCCUUUCCUACUGUUCCUAGUGUCCAUUAUCUCGCUCAUGUUCUCACUAUACCGGCACAUGGGGAAGAUGAGGGGCCCCAGGCCCGGGUCUCACGAUUUCCGUAUUAAAGCUCAUGCUAUGGCUCUGAAAACCCUUGCCGCCUUCUUCAUUUUCUAUGUAUUAUUUUUCCUGUCCCUGAUAAUUUUUGCUACAAAAGGCAAAACCAUGCAAAGUCAUUGGUAUUGGGCCAGAGAAGUCAUCAUCUACACGGGCAUCUCUUUGAACUCCGUCAUCCUCGUGUUUAGCAACCCCAGGCUGAGAAAGACCUUGAAGGUGAGAUUUUAG